AUGGCUGAGCUGUUUUAUAAUGGUCGUCGAAUUGACGGACGGAGAGCAAAUGAAUUGCGUAGUGUUUUCUGCCAGUUCGAAUUAGGCAAUUCAGAUGGAAUCGUUCUAUUACAUCAAGGCAACACCAAAGUAAUGGCCUCGGUAGUAGGUCCUCAUCCUUGUCGAUUCAAAGGCGACAUGAAACCUGACGAAGCGUUGAUAUUAUGCAAAUAUAGCAAGCCCCCAUUCUCCUCCACUUCCGGUGAAAGGAGAAAGAUUUCUACGAGAGAUCGAUCAUCUAACGAUUUCGAAAUAUUUACUUGCGUUGUACGAAAAGAUAAGUAUCCUAUGUCUCAAAUUGACAUAUUCCUGGAAGUGCUACAGUCUGACGGUUCGGAGUUUGCAUGUGCUGUCAAUGCUGCAACAUUGGCUCUGACAGACGCGGGAAUUGAAAUGAAACACCUCGUGUGCGCUGUAACCGUCGUUUACCUGAAAAUACUGCAAUUUGAUUUCAUUCUUUUUAGGCUUUAUAACAGACUGCCGCAGAUGACCCAGGUGGCCUAUUUUCUCAAGGAACAAGAUGUCUAA